AUGAACGGCGUUGUCAACAUCUCCACCGCCACCACCACCGCCACCACCACCGCCGCCACGGACGAUGACGAUGCCGACGCCGCCACCACGCUGCUCGCCAUGUCCACCUCGGAGUACGGAGUCUCCUCUCGCCUCGAUCCCCGGUGCGGCGGCCACCGGUGCGGCGGCUCCGGCGGCUCGGGAACCUUCGGCAGAUACAGCCACGCGGCCGGCACCGGCGCCUGUGCCGCCGCCGCUGUGCCGCCGCCGGCGCCGCCGGUGCCGCCGGUGCCGCCGGCGCCGGCAGCACCGGGCAAGUUCUCGCUGCGGAGGGUGCGGAGUAUUUUCCAGCGCCGUCCGGCGUCCCUUGUGGACGAUUUGCGGCCGGCGGCCGGCAGCGGCGGAGGCACCGGCGGAGGCACCGGCGGAGGCACCGGCGGAGGCACCGCGGCGCCGUUCUCGUUGGCGGCCUCCCCGUUGCCCGGCGGCUCCGGCGGUGGCUCCGGCGGUGGCUCCGGCGGCGGCUCUGGCGGCGCAGCCGCGACUCCCGAGCUGGGCGUGUGGGCGCGGAGGCUGGAGAAGCUGCGGCUUUCGAAGAGGGAGGGGGUGAUGCGCUUCUUUGAGAGCGGCGGCGGAGGAGGAGGAGGAGGAGGAGGAGGGGAUCCGGCCGCCGGCGGUUUGACGGUCCGGCCGUGGCUGCGGUGCCGCCUGGUGCUGAACGGCGUGGCGGCCGGAGGCGGGGCCGGCCAGCCCACCCUCCACUUCCACGUGCCCCCCAAGGCAAGUCGUGCACGUGUGUCCGUGCCGUGCGCCGCGCUGAGUGAGGUGAGGCCGACCGGCGCGCUGGAACUGCCGGAGCACCACCAGCACCACGGCACCUUCCUCAUCAAGGCGGGUUUGUGGGGUGACUUUGUGGUGGACGCUCAGCACGCUCAGCUGAUGUCCACGUGGGUGACGGAGCUACGGGGGUCCAUGAGCAGCAGGGCUGGUGAUGACGGAGGGGUGGAGCUACCCAGAAUGCACAGGGUGUGUGGGGGAGGGGCUGACCCUGGCUCCUCCUCCCCCCGUGCUGGCGACGCCCCCUACUCUGCCGGCCUGAGCUGCUCCGGCCCCACAAGCCCCUUCGCCCCCUCGCUGCUCCCCUCCCCGUGGGGGGCCCCAGCCCCCGCUCCCCCUCCUCACCACCCCUCCGCGGUGGCGGGGGGGGCGCCCUGGGGGGUGAGGGUGAGGGGGAGGGGCCCCGCGGCCGAGGGUGGGGGGGAGGCCCCGGCGGUUGCCGUGGACAACGGCGGGGGUGAGGAGGAGGCCGACGACGAUGAGGCGGUGGAGGCGGUGGUGGCGGCUGAGGCGGUGGAUGAGGCGGUGGAUGAGGUGGAGGAUGAGCAGCAGCAGGAGGAUGAGGAGGAUGAGGAGGAGGAGGAGAAGCUGUCACGGUUGCCGUGGUUUCACGGGCCGCUGUCGAGGCCGCGGGCUGCCCAGCUGGUGCUGGAGGGGGGCGUGGGAGCACACGGAGUGUUCCUGGUGCGUCAGAGCGAGACACGGCGUGGCGAGUGUGUGCUCACCUUCAACUACCAGGGCAAGGCCAAGCACCUGCGUCUGACGGUGAGUGAGGAUGGCCGCUGCCGCGUCCAGCACCUGUGGUUCCGCUCCGUGCUCGACAUGCUCGAGCACUUCACCGAGUUCCCCAUCCCGCUCGAGUCUGGUGGGGCCAGUGACGUCACCCUCUGUAGCUUCGUGCCACACGCACGGACACAAGGUGCAACGCUCACUCACUGUUACACACACUCGUACACUCACUGUUAC